AUGACCAACAGCAGUGAGAAUUGCAGUUUUACAGCCAUCAACAGCUUGGCAUGGAGCGUGCAGCUGGGGCUGUCCAUCCCCACCUUCAUCCUCGGGCUGGUUCUCAACAGCCUGGCCCUGUUUGUGUUCUGCUGCUUUUGGAGAAAGCAGACCAAGACCUCGGUGUACAUGAUCAGCCUGGUGCUGGCAGACAUCCUGCUGCUCCUCUCGCUGCCACCAAAGCUGUACUACUCUGUCACCACGGUGCCUGGGCUGCUGUGCUCCUUCAUACAGGCUCCUUACUUCGUCAACACCUACACCAGCAUCUUCAUCAUUGUCUGCAUCACCGUGGACAGGUACAUCUGCAUAAGGCACCCCUUUGAAGGUCGAGCUAACCAAUCCCCCAGGUGGGCUGUGGUGAUUUGCUGCUUCAUCUGGGCAGCAGCUUGGAUCUGCAGCAUCCCAAUUUAUGUGUUUCAGAAGAAGGAACCUAUUAAAUGCUUUCACAACAUGUCAGACCAGACGUGGAGCGUGCCCUUCAUUGUUUCUGUGGAAAUAUUUGGGUUUCUGAUCCCUCUUGCGAUGAUGGUUUUCUGCUCUGCUCAAACCAUCUGGAUUCUUCUGAAUCACAAAACUCAUGACAAAAAGAACGUAGAAGAGAGCGGCUCAUUGCGAGUAAUCGUCAUCAACCUGGUGGUGUUUCUGGUGUGCUUCACACCCGUGCACCUCGGGAUCCUCCUGCAGUGCCUGGUGAGGCAGCACGUGAUCGUGAGCUGCAGAAUGAAGCAGACCAUCAGCCUCUUCCUCCAGGUGUCCAUGACAUUUGCCAACCUGAACUGCUGCCUCGAUGCCAUCUUCUACUAUUUUGCUGCAAAGGAAUUCUGUAAGAAAACACACCUGAAGAGGGUCAUUGAGCUGUGUCCUGUCUUUAGCCCUUGUGCCAUACGAUGGCACUGCCAGCAGUGGGAGAAUGCCCCCUGCCAGGACACUGACAGUGUUGUGCCUGACGUGGCAGGGACCCUGCCAUAG